UGCUGGCCCCCCUUUCUCGCCUGCCAGCUGCCAACAGCGCUCUGCCCUAUGUCUACCACACCUGUCACUGCCUAUCCUUGUCUGAGGGGAGGGGAGGGGGGGCAUUAGCCCCUCCUCAGCCUCCAGCAGAGCAGACAGUUAGUGGGGAGGGGAGGGAACAUGGAGCGGGGGCCGACGGUGGGGGCAGGGCUGGGGGCCGGGACCCGAGUCCGAGCACUGCUGGGAUGCCUGGUCAAGGUGCUGCUCUGGGUGGCCUCUGCCUUACUGUACUUUGGAAGUGAACAAGCCGCCCGCCUCCUGGGCAGCCCUUGCUUACGGCGCCUCUACCAUGCUUGGUUGGCAGCAGUGGUCAUCUUUGGGCCCCUCCUGCAGUUUCACGUUAACUCUCGGACGAUCUUCGCUAGCCACGGCAACUUCUUCAACAUAAAGUUUGUGAAUUCAGCCUGGGGCUGGACAUGCACCUUCCUGGGGGGCUUUGUGCUGCUGGUGGUGUUCCUGGCUACACGACGUGUAGCAGUGACUGCCAGGCACCUGAGCCGACUGGUGGUGGGGGCAGCUGUAUGGCGGGGGGCCGGACGUGCCUUCCUACUCAUCGAGGACCUGACGGGUUCCUGCUUCGAGCCUCUGCCCCAGGGCCUAUUGCUGCAUGAGCUGCCCGACCGCAAGAGUUGCCUGGCAGCCGGCCACCAGUGGAGGGGCUACACUGUCUCCUCCCACACCUUCCUCCUCACCUUCUGCUGCCUCCUCAUGGCUGAGGAAGCCGCUGUGUUUGCCAAGUACCUGGCCCAUGGGCUACCAGCUGGCGCCCCACUGCGUCUUGUUUUCCUACUCAACGUGCUGCUGCUGGGCCUCUGGAACUUCCUGCUGCUCUGCACGGUCAUCUAUUUCCAUCAAUAUACCCACAAGGUGGUGGGUGCGGCAGUAGGCACGUUUGCCUGGUACCUUACCUAUGGCAGCUGGUACCAUCAACCCUGGUCCCCUGGGAUCCCAGGCCACGGGCUCUUCCCUCGAUCCCGCUCAAUGCGCAAACAUAACUGAAAAAAAUAAAAGCAUACCAGGCCUGG